AUGUCUUCCGAUUCUCUUCAACUUCACCGGGGCCAAUCUCAUGUGAAUGAAGCUGAAGCUAGUGAAAUGAUCCAAAAGUAUGACAAAAAUGGCGACUCUAUCAUCACCAAGGAAGAGAUCGUCGACAAAGCUGUCAAUCAUAAGGCUAAUGUCGUACCAAAAGCUCAAAAAGUCCCCGCUAGAGUGGCGAAUGAAAAGAAGGCACCGAAGAUAAAGUUCAGUCGGAGCCAAAUCAAGGAGAUUUUCAUGGAGCACGAUAUCGAUGGUGAUGGUUGCCUUAGUGUAAGUGAGCUGAUAAAGGCUUUUAGUUUUCUAGGUUCAGUCAUUCCACUUUACAAAGCUCACUACGGUCUAGCUUUUGCUGAUGAUGAUGGAGAUGGCCUUAUCAGCGAGGAAGAACUUGACAAACUCGUUGAUUACGCCGAGAAAGGUUCCGAUAGAAAGACAUCUAAUAUGCCACUUAGUCGGGAGCACAUGAAGGAGAUUUUCAAAUAUCAUGAUAGCAACAAGGACGGUUUUCUCAACGUAAGGGAGCUAACAAAAGCUUUUGGCUUUCUCGGCUCAAUUAUUCCAUUCUGCAAAGCUCACUAUGGUCUGGUUCAUGCUGAUGCUAAUAACGAUGGCCUUAUCAAUGAGACUGAGCUUGACAAGCUCAUCGAUUAUGCCUAUAAAGUCAUCAAGAAGAAUUGA